GGAUCGCGGCUACUGCAACUAUCCCAUGUCCAUCUUGGUCAUUUCACCAGCCCUGUUAACCUCUAUAAAUCCCACUCCCAGCUCUGCGCACUUUGCCUACACAGAAAACCUCACACCAGCAAGAUCAUCACACACACCACAGCCUGCAGGCUAAGUAACCACUUAACAGUAAUCAAAUCACGGUUAGAGAGAGAGAGAGAGAGAGAGGUGGGAAGAUGGUGCUUGACGGCGGCAAGAAGUUCGUGCAGGACGAAGAAAAGCAGAGGCUGCUACUGGAGGAGCACACAGAGAAGCACUUCACGGCCAGCGAGGUGGUCCGGGACAUCAUCAUCGGCGUCUCCGACGGCCUCACUGUGCCCUUCGCGCUCGCCGCGGGCCUGUCCGGCGCUAACGCGUCCUCGGCGCUCGUGCUCACCGCCGGGCUCGCGGAGGUCGCCGCCGGCGCCAUCUCCAUGGGGCUCGGAGGGUACCUGGCGGCGAAGAGCGAGGUAGACCACUACAACCGCGAGCUGCAGCGCGAGCAGGACGAGAUCGACAACGUCCCCGACGUCGAGGCCGCCGAGAUCGCGGACAUCCUGUCGCAGUACGGGCUGGGCCCCGAGGAGUACGGCCCCGUCGUCACCUCCCUCCGCAACAACCCCAAGGCCUGGCUCGAGUUCAUGAUGAAGUUCGAGCUGGGGCUGGAGAAGCCGGAGCCUCGCCGCGCGCUGACGAGCGCGGCGACUAUCGCACUGUCCUACGUCGCCGGCGGGCUGGUGCCGCUGCUCCCCUACGUGUUCGUGCCCGCGGCCGGGCGCGCCAUGGGCGUGUCAGUGGCCGUCACGCUCGCCGCGCUGCUCUUCUUCGGCUUCGUCAAGGGCCGGUUCACCGGCGACCGGCCCUUCCUCAGCGCCGUGCAGACCACCGUCAUCGGCGCGCUCGCGUCCGCCGCCGCCUACGGCAUGGCCAGGGCUGUCCAGUCCAUAUGAGCAGCCAAGCAAAGCCUGCACGUGUCACGAGCUUGGCCCGCUAUGUAAGCAGCAGCAAGAAGAAGAAGAAAAAUAAGUGCAGCUAUGUAUAUGGUGCUGGCCACUGGCCAGCUGGUAGCUGUGCAGAUCGCGACGUGCAGUGUAGUGUACCUGUACUGUGGUAGUGUGGUUUGUUUGGCUGCGUGUAGUGUUAAAUGACGUGUUGCCUUGUAAGGAGAUGUGGAUUAUUUAGGUGUUCUAUGGAAAUGGUGGCCUGCUGGGUUUAAUUUGGAACGAUUAA